AUGGGCUUCGAUGCAAUGACAUCACUGCUGCGGCAGAUCGUGGCGGGCCCACGUAUCCGUCAUGCGGAAUCGAACCUUGAUUUGUGCUAUGUGACCGAUGAUAUAAUAGCUACCUCCGGACCGUCGUCAACAUACCCCAAACGUGCGUACCGGAACCCUACUGACGCCCUUGUACGUUUUCUGGACUCAAAACAUGGCGAGAAUUGGUCGAUAUGGGAAUUUCGUGCCGAAGGCACCGGAUAUCCCGAUGAGGAGGUUUAUGGUCGAAUACAUCAUUUCCCCUGGCCAGAUCAUCACCCUCCACCGUUCGCCAUUAUCCCGCCGAUGAUGGCCAGUAUGCGCAAUUGGAUGAAUGGAAAGUCAGAAGGCAAAAGGGUGAUUGUAGUGCAUUGUAAAGCAGGAAAAGGGAGGAGCGGCACCGCUGCUUGUAGCUUCCUUAUCAGUGAGCAGGGUUGGUCCCCCGAGGAUGCGAUGAAGCAAUUUACAGAGCGGCGGAUGCGCGUGGGAUUUGGCGCCGGUGUCAGCAUACCUAGCCAACUGCGAUAUCUCCGUUAUAUUGAUCGUUGGGCAAACAAGUACAACAAGAAGUAUGUGGAGCGCCCGGUAGAACUUUUGGAAAUACAUAUCUGGGGCGUACGAGAUGGCGUCAAAGUCCAGGUGGAGAGUUACGUGGAUGAGGGCCGGAAGAUAAAAUGUUUCCACCGAUUCUACCGCAGCGAAUGGAUGACCGUGGAUAGCGGAGAAGAAUAUCAGGAUGAGAAGACUCAGUCUGAAACCACUUUGACAACGCCUGGAGACCUGCCUGUACCACCCGAUCCUUCAAAGGCCGCUAAGACUUCCUUAGCAGAAUCAUCGCAUAUCGAGCCUCCCAAAGUUAAGGAAUCUCUGAAAACAAUAGAUGACAAUGCCUCAAUCGCCUCAAAAGCGGUUUCUCCUGAAGAGGGGUUUUCGUCUGUAAUUAUUCGACCGAGAAAACGUCUCAUUAUCCCAACUUCCGACGUCAACAUAGAUUUCGAGAGACGCGCGACCGCAGCAUACACCGGAUGGACCAUGAUUACCUCUGUAGCCCAUGUUUGGUUCAAUGCCUAUUUCGAAGGUGGAGACGAGCAUGAUUCAGGGGUAUUUGAAGAGGAAUGGGAUGCCCUGGAUGGAAUCAAGGGCACGUAUAGCAAAGGUGCCAGAUGUUUUGACAAGUUCAAGGUUCUAUGGAGAUAUCCUGCACCCACUCCUGGCGAAGAAGAGGCGGAGGAUGGUGGUGCAGUUAUUCCUGGAGGUCCACCACUUGCUGGCAAGGUGAUCUCAGAGCCAGCGCCUGGCGAGCCCGUACAGGAGGGCCAUGCGGCAGAUUGGCGCGGAACGAGCGUGUUUGAAAACAAAGAAAAAGAGCCCGGUGAACAGGGGUGGUCAUCAGAUGAAGAUGAAGAUUCCCCCCUUCCAAAUGACAACAGCAUGCCAACGGCACGAGUGCAAAGAGAGCAAGGACAAAGCUCUAGAGACCCAACUACUUCGAUAUCAAGAGGGCUCCCACACGUGCGUAGACGAAGCUCUUCAACGGUUGGAAUCAGCCCCCUUAACACCCCAGGUAAUAUUGGACCUGCUAAUGCAAGUGGAUGGGAAAAUGAUAUUGGUGAACAUCCAAAGGAUAGAAGGAAUAGAACAGGUAGCGCCUGA